AUAAAAUAAUUCAUAGUGUAAGUAAUGAAAUAAUAUGCUAAACUUUUAAACUAUUUAUAUUUUCCCCUUAUUUCAAAUUUUUUUCCUAAAUUCUAGUUGUUCUGCAUUAGAAAUUCUUAGAAUUUUGCUUAGCCUAACAUUCUAAAUUCUAUUGUGCUUACGCUACAUUUUUAUAUAGUUCCCAUUAGCUUUGAAGUGACUGCUAACUUAAUAUUUAAACUUUUUGAGACCUAUUUCAUUAUUUUCCCCCUAGCAAAUAAUCUCCUCAAAUAAUAAUUUACUAUUACUUAAUAAUCAUCAUAAAUAAAUUCUAAAUUUACCUGCUGAGAAUAUGCCUAACAUAAAGCUGCAAAGUUCCGAUGGGGAGAUAUUUGAAGUUGAUGUAGAAAUAGCUAAGGCUUCAGUAACCAUAAAAACCAUGUUAGAGGAUUUAGGGAUGGAUGAUGAUGAGCAAGAAGUUGUACCUUUACCUAAUGUUAAUUCAGCUAUUUUAAAGAAAGUCAUACAGUGGGCCACAUUUCAUCGCGAUGACCCUCCACCACCUGAAGAUGAUGACAGUAAAGAUAAACGAACUGAUGAUAUUAGUUCAUGGGAUGCAGAUUUUUUGAAAGUGGAUCAGGGUACUCUGUUUGAGCUCAUCCUCGCUGCGAACUAUUUGGACAUCAAAGGUCUUCUUGAUGUCACAUGUAAGACUGUCGCGAACAUGAUCAAAGGAAAGACGCCGGAAGAAAUCAGAAAAACAUUCAACAUCAAAAAUGAUUUCACACCCAGUGAAGAGGAACAAGUACGGAAAGAAAAUGAAUGGUGUGAAGAAAAAUAAUUUUGAACUCCCUUAAACUUAUGUUCUGUGUGUUCCAGUUUCUUGCAUAAGAUCCUAUCUUAAUCCUUUACUAGAUGCUAAGAUUUAGUUUUAAUAAUGUGUCUCUGUAGAAUUGCACUGAAAUGUAUAAGUGUUAUCCACAUUAUUUACACAUUUUAUUAAAAAUUUAUGAUUAUGUGUUUCAAUUAAGUUCUGCAGCUGUUUUCAAUUAAGCUCAAUAGUACAUUAGUAGAGUUUUUGGUUUGUGAUUUAAAUGUUUCAUUUUAUCUUUAAAAAAUUAAGUAAUGCAGUGUAUUUACUGUUUUAAAAAAGUUUUUAUUAAUAUGAUACAUAAUUCAUUUCAUUCCAACAAAAGGGUUGUUCCAACCAACUUAUUUCUAUAACAGCUCAUGUAUUAUCUUAUUCUUCCUUGAUUUGCCUUCAUUAAAGCAUAGAAUUCUUA